AUCGAUAUUUAAGUCUUAAAUACAUUGUAAAUAUGGCGGUUUGACAACUACUCGUAAAUUGUAAGAUUGAAAAUUUUGUUAUUUAUAUAUGAAAUUUAUCAAAUAAUUGUACAAUAUUAACUUUAAUAAAAUAAAACAUGUUAUUAACAUUAAAACCAGAUCAUAAGAAACAUGUAUUACUUCUUACAGAUUAUACGCCACAAGUUUUACAAGAUUUUUGCAAAUUAGCUUUAGAUUAUUUGCAAAAAGGACCAAAUAUUAAAUUAUAUAAUGCAGCAGCUCAAAAAUUGGAAGUUGAAGUAAGUCUAAUUAAAAAUUCAGUUGAAGGACUUGUUAAUUUAUUAAUAGAGAGUUGUAGAUAUAAGUUAAACUCUGAAGAUUUUAGAGAUUCUAUAAUAUCUUUAGGUUUUUCAGAACAACAAGAAAUUAUAUUAAGUAAACUAUAUAAUGUUAAAAAAGAUGAAAUAUUAGAUACACUCAAGAAUAUUGGAUUUAAAUUACCAGAAUAUCAUGACAUGGAAUGGAGAUUUGAAGUGCAGAUUGCAUCAAGAGCAUUAUUAAAGCAAGUUGCUCCACUUAUUACUUUGGAUUUAUCUAUAAAAAAUUCUGAUAAAGAUGAGAAUAUCGAACAUAUAUUACUUCAAACUGAUCCUAUUAAUUUAUCAUAUAUAACACAACAGUUAGAAGAAGCUGUACAAGAAGGAUACAGUCAACAUAUUCGUAGACUUUCAAGAUAAAUAAUGGAUACAUUAAAUAUAACAACUUCUUUUUUUAUUGAAGUUAUGCCUUCAAACAUCUCUACCCUAACUACUACAGGACCACAAUUUGCAAGACAAUUGAUGCGUUUUAAUAAUCAAACAGUUGUUAGUAAAGUACCUGAAGAGAUGUUACAUUUAAUUGAUUUAUAUUGGUAUCAAUUUCCACCAUUGGAUCCAUUGUGGCAUAAAAUCUUAGGUUUAGUUAUGAUUAUAUUAGGCAUUAUGGGAUGGUGUGGAAAUGGUGUAGUGGUUUAUGUAUUUAUAAUGACACCAUCUCUAAGAACACCAAGUAAUCUUCUUGUGGUAAAUCUUGCUUUCUCUGAUUUUAUUAUGAUGGGUUUUAUGUGUCCUCCUAUGGUAAUUUGUUGUUUUUAUGAAACUUGGGUUCUUGGUAGCUUAAUGUGUGAUAUUUAUGCAAUGGUUGGAUCAUUAUGUGGAUGUGCUUCUAUAUGGACUAUGACAGCUAUUGCUCUAGAUAGAUAUAAUGUUAUAGUAAAAGGUAUGUCUGGAACACCUCUUACUAUCAAAAGAGCUAUGCUUCAAAUUUUAGGUAUUUGGCUUUUUGGUUUAAUAUGGACAAUUUUACCUUUAGUAGGAUGGAAUAGAUACGUUCCGGAAGGUAAUAUGACAGCAUGUGGAACAGAUUAUCUUAGUCAAGAUUGGACUUUCAAAUCAUAUAUAUUAGUUUAUUCUUUUUUCGUCUAUUACACUCCAUUAUUCACUAUUAUUUACAGUUAUUAUUUUAUCGUUUCGACUGUUGCGGCUCAUGAAAAAGCAAUGAAAGAACAAGCAAAGAAAAUGAAUGUCGCUUCUUUACGAUCUGGAGAUAAUCAAAACACUAGCGCUGAAGCGAAAUUAGCAAAGGUAGCACUAACGACUAUAUCAUUAUGGUUUAUGGCAUGGACACCAUAUCUUGUGAUUAAUUAUAUUGGAAUUUUUAAUCGAUCUCUUAUCACACCCCUUUUCACAAUAUGGGGUUCUCUCUUUGCAAAAGCGAAUGCAAUAUAUAAUCCGAUUGUUUAUGGAAUUAGUCAUCCAAAAUAUAAAGCUGCAUUGAAAGAAAAAUUACCCUUCUUAGUAUGCGGCUCGACGGAAGAUCAAACUACUGCAACUGCAGGAGAUAAAGCUUCGGAAAAUUAAAAAAACUUAAAUAAUAAACUUUUAUUGUAAAUAAAAAAAUUGAAUUUUUUGUAAAUUGAAUAUCAUUUGAAAAUUGAUUGUAAGGAGAAAAUUUUUAAAAUAGGAAAUAAUUAUACUAAAAUUCAAUUGCUUGCAGAAUUUAUUUGGUUUUAUAAAAUUAAGAUAUUAGGAUGCUCUCUUCAUAUUUUAUUGCAAUGUGAUGUGCUUACUAAUCUAGUAAAUAUAGAGCUGCUAUACCAAAGUGACCAUGUAUAUAUAAA